GUUAUGCCUGUCGUCUAACACAACAAUAUUUCCUAUUUUGGACACAAAUGGGAGGGUUUUAGACAUUCAUUGAAUGCAAUACUCGUUGUAUUCAACCAUUGAUUGCACUCCAGUUUGACGUUUAAUUCAAUUUAAAACACUAUUUAAAGUGUCGUUCAAUUGAUUGACAUUUGAUUUAUAAGUUUUGCUCAAAAUUAACACUUGUUUUGUCUCUUAAUUGUCACUCAAUUUGAGCCAAACGUCCAGAAAAAUGCUUCAAAACCGCAACACGUUUGCAACGCUUCCACGAACUCAAAGAGGUUUGCCAUUAGUCUUGGGCGGAGACCCGAAGGGAAAGACAUUUCUGUAUCCGAACGGCAAUAGUAUUAUAAUCCGAGACAUCGAUAACCCAUCGGUGGCCGACAUAUACACCGAACACUCGACGCUCACAACUGUCGCCAAAUACAGUCCGAGCGGUUUCUACAUCUGUUCGGCCGACCAGUCGGGCAAAGUCCGCAUUUGGGACACCACUCAGAAGGAGCACAUCCUUAAGAAUGAGUUCCAGCCCUUUGUCGGCAACAUUAAAGACCUCUCGUGGUCUCCGGACAGUCAGCGCAUUGUGGCCGUCGGUGAGGGACGCGAACGCUUCGGUCACGUGUUUAUGAUGGAAACGGGAACGUCUGUCGGCGAGAUCGCCGGUCACUCCAAGACUAUCAACUCGUGUGACUUCCGUCCGGGCCGUCCCUUUCGUAUUAUCACCGGAAGUGAAGACAACUUCAUUGGUAUAUACGAAGGCCCGCCCUUUAAGUUCAAAACACAACUCGAAGAUCAUUCAAGAUUUGUCCAAUCGGUCCGAUUCUCGCCCAAUGGCGAGCAGUUCGCGAGCGCCGGCUUUGACGGCAAGUUAUUUCUAUACAAAACCAAUGAUUACAGCAAAGUCGGAGAGUUUGGAAGUCCCGCUCACGCGGGCGGCAUCUAUGCUGUCCAGUGGUCGCCCGACGGCACGCAAGUGUUGUCCGCUUCCGGCGAUAAGACAUGUAAACUAUGGGACGCUAAUACUCUUCAAUGCGUUACUGUGUUUCAAAUGGGAAGCGAUGUAUUGGAUCAACAGGUGAGCUGUUUGUGGCAAAACCAAUACAUGCUAUCCGUCUCGUUGUCGGGUUUUAUCAACUAUUUGGAUGUCAAUAAUCCCAACAAACCGUUACGUGUAGUCAAAGGUCACAAUAAGACAAUCACUGCUCUAACUGUCAAUAAGAACUCGAGUGAAAAAUUCAUUUAUACGGGAAGUACUGAUGGAUAUAUCACUUAUUGGAAUCCACAAAAUGGUGAUCACAACCGCAUCGAAGGCAAAGGCCAUACGAAUCAAGUGGCGGACUUGGCCUUCAAUAACGGCACUGUCUAUAGCGUGGGUUUCGACGACACGGUCAGAACUAUUGACUCCAACGACAAUAAGUUUGGCAAUGAAAUCAAAUUGGAUUCACAGCCGCACGGAGUGGCAGUACUCCAGGGACAGGAAUUGAUUGUAGUGGCCGGACACGAGACCAUCAGUGUGUACACCGCUGUUAGCACUUGCGGUAAACAGUCGUCAAUUCCCGUGGCGUACGAGCCCUCGAGUGUUAGCAUAAAUCACGUGCACAACGACGUGGCCGUCGGCGGUACGAAAGAUAGUAAAGUCCAUAUCUAUACACUCAAUGGCAAUAGUCUGACUGAAAAGGCUAUACUAGAACACAGGGCGCCCAUCACUGAUGUUUCCUACUCUCCAGACGGCAAAUACUUGGCCGCCGCCGACCAGAAUCGCAAAAUUGUUCUCUAUUUGUCGCCUUCUUAUGAGUUAGCGCAUCAACUGGAAUGGGGUUUCCAUACGGCGCGAGUGAACUGUCUUUCCUGGUCUCCCGAUUGCAUACAUUUAGCGUCCGGUUCUUUGGACACAGGAAUCAUAAUAUGGAACGCAUCGCAACCUAACAAACAUUUUACACUUAAAAAGGCUCAUCCGCAAAGUCAAGUGACUCGUAUUGAAUGGUUAGACGAGUCGACUAUCGUCACCACUGGACACGACGGCACUAUCAAAGUAUGGACCGUAUUGUUUGGUUAAUUGUCGCUAAACUUAAUAAUAAUAAUGCCAUCAAAUUAUAAGACAAUUUCUUUUACACCAAAGAAUUGAUAACAUUUUUGGACAAAAACUUUUAUCUUUAAUUAUACUUUGUAUUUGUUUAUUGACUUAAUUGUCAAUUCUCUUAAAUUAUUUUAUUUAUUGAUCUUUGAGUGAAAACUAAUCCAAUGAAGGGCUAAAUUAUGUGAAAAGUUGUCCCAUUGUUAGCUCAAAAGUGCACUUAAUAUUAAAUCAUGAAUUGAAUGAAUUUUUAUGCGCU